AUGGCGGCAGCCACGAGGCAUCCUGGCUUCACAGCUGAACGGACAGACCUGGAAUACAGGCGUGACAAAGUACUCAGCGAAUUCUGGAAGAAGCUGGAGGACAGGAGGCAUCAGACCGUCCCAGCACAACCACAUGCACACUCACCUCCACGGCUGAUCGCACCACCAAGGCGGACAAUCACCGCUCCGGCAUGGAAGAAGGCCCCGAGAUGGCGGCAAAACAGGAGACUCCUAUCCCUCCGACAUGCAAACAGGACAUACCCCGAAUCAAGGCAAGGGCUUUUAAGGCGCCUGAAAAUCGUCACAGUACCCCACGACCGCAGAGAGCACAGAAAUGGCACUGCAGAGGGAACCAUCCCCCACCCACAGACAACCACACGAGCAGGAGCUCUGCAUCUGAGCAAAGAUGGGGAGAGCCGCUAA